AUGUCGAUAGCUCCAAUCAUCACCUUCAAAGCAGGUAUCUGCGAUUUUGAUGGUUCUUCAUCCCCCGCCACCGUGAAGCCUAAGCCGACCCCCGGUUACAUUUACCUUUAUUCCGAAGAUGAGCUGAUGCACUUCUGCUGGCGCACUCGUGACGCCCCUCUUGAUGAGCCUAAUCUUGAUCUCGUCAUGAUUCCCUCAGAUGGAAGCUUCACCCCCUACAAACCGUCUGGCAAGGACGCUACAAAUGGACGUGUGUUUGUGUUGAAAUUCUCUUCCAGCUCCCAGCGGUAUCUCUUCUGGCUGCAGUCUCAAUCUCAACAUGAGAGUGGCGACCCCAGCUGGUUCAGUCCCCGGGAUUUGAAGCUUGGCGAGAUUGUUGAUGUCCUGCUACAGGGUGAGGAUGUGGAUGUUGAGCACGAGAUCGCCAACCUCCCCGGCGGCCAUCUGGAGGCGACGAUGACGAGACCAUGGAGGAUGUGGAGGGAACAGACCACGACCCCAACCACAACCACGGCGGGAGCAGUGGUGGAGCUGGCCCCGAUGCCACAGGAGGUGAUAUCCGCGAGGAAGGCCAGGAGGCACGAGAGGGCGGUGCCGACGGUGGACGAGCGUAGUGCCUCGGGCGACCCAUCAUCGGUAGUUCAAGACUUCUUGCGGUCUCUGGGUGGUCGGCAACAAAGCCAAGGCCAAUCCCAGGACCCCGAACGACCAUCUACGACCCUUCAAGACCUGCUUACUCCCCCUACUACUCUCCCUUUCAUCGAGACUGCCGACGAUACUACCGUUGAUCACCUUCUGAGCUUCCUCCCACCGGCACUACUUCUGCUGGCCCAGGGCAAUGCCGAGGCUGCGGAAGCCGAUACCGACCCCGAACUCGCCCAGGCGGCACUUCUAUCUCUCGAUCUCUCCCAAAAGAAAGACAUCCUUCGUCGUGUGCUCCGAUCUCCCCAAUUUAUGCAAAGUUUAGCUAGUCUUACCGUGGCUCUCCGAGAUGGCGGGCUUCCCAGCAUUAGCGAGGCCCUGCAGAUUCCCGUAGCCAAUGGCGGGUUUAUGCGGCAUGGCGGCGUGCCCCUUGGUGGGGGUGAUGCGGUGGAAGCGUUCCUGGAUGGCGUUCGGCAACAAGUCAAGAAGACCGAUCAGUCGGGUCAAAUGGAAACGGAUUGA